GAAGCUGGAUUACCUGAUUGGGCACAAGGGAAGUGAUCGCGUAGCCACGUGAUGCUUUGUACUCCGCCAAAAAUUUCCAAGCCGGCAUCGAAUAGAAAUCUCUCAACAAACCGUUGAUAAUCAAGUCCUUAAACCGGUGAACUAUCAGCAGCAGCGGCUGCUUCGCACAGCAGGGGAUGACGCCAUGAGUCGGAUCGUCCGGGGAUUUGUUCAAUCAUUUAGCUAUGCUCCCAACUCCUUCGACCUCACAUGUCUCGUUUGACACCAUCUACGAACCAUCGGAGGAUAGCUAUCUAUUCCUCGACACCCUUUCGUCCCCAACAGAAACCGCAUGGCUAACCCAGAAGUUCAAUGCCUCUAAAACAAGCUCUGCCCCGGAAUCCUCUGCAAAUUCCCCUCAGCCGCUUGUGGUUGAGGUUGGCACCGGCUCAGGCGUGGUCCUAGCCUUCGUGGCUGCAAACGCCCACAUAAUUUUCGGGAGGAGGGAUAUACUAACUCUGGGCACGGAUGUAAAUAGCAAUGCCUGCAGUGCAACACGGCAAACUGUUCGUCUGGCAAUUGAUGAAGCCCAGAAACACGAACUCGGAAACCCUGUUGCUGAAACGUCUACUGUGCGACCCAAAUUCCUGUCAUCCCUAACAGCGGACCUUUGCACACCACUCAGGGCCGGGUCCGUCGAUGUCCUCAUCUUCAACCCUCCAUACGUACCUACUCCGGAGUUGCCAGAUAUUCUGUUAACCGAAGGGGGAGAUCCAGUACUCUCUAGCCCCCCUCUCUCCCAAUUUGAGCGCGAGUCUCACCUCCUUUCUCUCUCAUAUGCUGGCGGAGAACUUGGAAUGGAAACUACAAAUCGACUUCUAAAUUCAAUUUCAGAGGUGUUAGAUCCAGAACGUGGCGUCGCUUACAUUUUACUCUGCGCGCAGAAUAAGCCAGAUGAAGUGAAGACGCGUAUCAUGGGCUGGGGGUCGGGCUGGACUGCUGAAAUUGUGGGGAAAAGUGGAGUGAAAGCUGGUUGGGAACGAUUGGUGAUAUUGCGAAUAUGGAGAGAGUCCAAUUCUUAAAAAAUAAAUGGAAUGAGAUGACAUGAGACGAAGGGAUAAUUUCAUAGAAAUUUUCCCCGUGGUUGUCCAUCCCGUUUGCCUUUCAAUUCCAGUAUUAGGUGAUCCGCACGUGUUCUUUUUGGGCUUUUUUGAUCUAGCAAAGGGUUUGAGAACCUUCCUAGAUCAGGUUCUUCCUUGCCUUGGUUAACCACAUAGUACUGUUUAUAUCACCCAAGGCUUACCUUUUUUCACUCCUUAACGACACCUUCGUUAUAUCUCCCGUAAACAAACAGAUCCAACGUGGAGCGUAUCAAGCGACACAUGUAAAAGCAUCUGAUUCCCCGAGGUUCGCCAGUUGGAUAAUAGACAAAGUACAUAAAGCAAAAGUAUAAAAAGAAACAAUCCACAGAGCCAUCCAUCCAGAUCCGCACAUGCCAGAUUCAUUGCAAAAGAAAAUAAACAGGAAGGGAGAGGAACGAAAAAGUAAAACCCCCACGCAUCGUUCCCAGAGCAGUUUUUGGACUUGUGCAGGCUCAGCGUUUGGUACAUAACUGGCACAACCAAAAUCUAAUCAUUAUAUAAACUCCGAUAAAGAGUCAACGGUUCACUCAAAACCCUCUGCCCCGUCCCCUUCCUCGGCCCCGCCCACCGCCUCGGCCUCUUCCUCCGCCUCCUCUUCCACCACGUCCGCGAUCUGCUUCUUUUCUAGCUUUGUUUUUUGGCUUCGGCGUGUCAUCCACGAGUAAUGUGUCUAGCGGAAGGCUGUCAGGGAGGAUGUAAUAUCUGAUGGUAGAACCACGAAUGUUUAUGGUGUCAAGGGAUAUCGGGUCGCGGCCUUUUGGUGUCAUCUUGACUGUGCGCAGCGCGGUGUUCAUUUGCGGGGAAACAGAUGUGAUGGUGCCAUGGAGGAUGGUGCCUAGUGAAUUCCGCAGCAAACUGUUAGCAACAAUUACUGUAAGAACAUAUAUGCACAUAAAAUGGUUGACCAUUAUCGGGAUUAAAAGAAAGAGGCAAGUUGCAGCAGAGCCUAAAAUCGUAGUUUGGGCUUCGAGGGCGGAGUCAAAGGAUUUGCGCGCGCAUAAUGUAGCGCAGCAGGCGAGGGCUAUCGUACCAUUUUUGAGCUCGAUCGUCACGGUUUCAUUCGCACAUUUCAUAAGAAAGCUGUGUAAAUAGAGAAGUAUAUCAGCUGACUAUCCCGAGCAAUUUUCGCAAAUCAUACAAGCUUCGUGCGGCAACUUACCGUACGAGCUUCAUGGUGAGGUAUGUGUGCCAGAUGGCACAAUAACACAGUUACGGAUCAAACAGGUAUAUAUCUUCUCUCGCGCAAAACUUCUGUACAGGUGCAAUGGUGGAAAGGAACAGUUAAGGAACCUUAUGAACUGAGAAGUUACUGACGGCGUGAUUGAUGUCUUGCGUUUUGGCGUUCGAUAUUUGAUAUUUGAUCACGUGAUUUAGGACAUCGA